GGCAUCAUCGAUCGCUCACAGGCGGCUCAGUCGAGCAGUGACGUCGUCGAGCGCAUGAAGAUGGCGGAUCCGAAUGCAAAACAAACCGGGCAGAAAAGUGUGAAGAUCGCGAUGGGGGCUGUCGUGUGUGUGGAGAGCGACAUCAGAGGAGACGUGACCAUCGGAGCCAGGACCGUGGUUCACCCGAAGGCGCGGAUCAUUGCAGAGGCCGGACCCAUCGUGAUCGGAGACGGAAACCUGAUCGAGGAGCAGGCCCUGAUCAUCAACAGCUAUCCUGAAAACAUGCUUCCAGACGCCGAGGAUGUCGAACCCAAAACCAUGAACAUCGGGAUCAAUAACGUCUUUGAAGUCGGCUGCGUGUCUCAGGCCUUGAAAAUCGGGGACAACAACGUGAUUGAGUCCAAAGCUGAGGUCGGGAGGAACGUGAUUUUGACCAGUGGGUGUAUCGUGGGAGCGUGUUGUGCGGUGAACACCUGUGAAGUGAUUCCAGAAAACACCGUGAUCUACGGCUCCGAGUGUUUGAGACGCGUGCAGACCGAGAGACCGCAGCCUCAAACGCUGCAGCUGGACUUCCUGAUGAAGAUCCUGCCCAAUUACCAUCAUCUGAAGAAGACCGUGAAAGCAAGCUCCACUCCGGCGAGAAGCUGAAAGCAGCGCAGCCGAGGAUCUCAGAUGUAACGAGAUCAUGAGCACAGAUCUGUUUCCUUUGGUCGCUGCAUGCGAUGUUUCGGUAUUAUAGUGUCGUUGGUUGUGUUGUAAGUUAUUGAUGACACAUUAAAUACUCUUUCAUAUGUAGCAGGUGUCUCACUCUCUGUUUCUUGUGUUCUUUCAUUUCUUCUCCACAUGGUGGCGCCAAAUCUACACGAUGACAGAAGAAGCGAGUUAAUGAAAUGUGUUAUUGUUAUUGUGGCACAUGCAUGUUUAUUCAGCAGUUUAAAGGUUGUUGUUUUGAACAUUAUAGUUCUGAUGAUCGCUGAUUAUAUAGAAAACAUAGGUUCUCAUUUGAUUGAAUAUGACAGUGUGUAUAAAUAGCAAACAAGCGAGUCUGUGAGCAAUAAAGGGCAGGUUAAUCUUGAGACAGGUGACCUUUGCAUCGCGCUUUGAAUUGAACUUCUGAUGUGAAUCGACACUUACUCUGCAUUAUUUCUGUACACUUUAAACAUUAUGGGUGUUUUUUUUUUUCCUGUUAGAGUAAUAUUUUAAAUGUUUGUGGGAAACUUCUAAUUCAUAUCACGAGCAGCAUUUUAUAAAUGUAUCACUCACCAUUUGUUAGACAAGAGAUGAAAAGAGUUUAACAUUUUAAUGGGUUGCACUUUAUUUGGAUGUUCCACAUUUGCAUGACUAGUUGACACUUAGUUGCAAAGUUAUUUAUAGGUAGUUGAAUGGCUAAAGUGGAAUAUCAGAAUAAAGUGUUAGUUUUUAAUGUCAAACGUUUCAAUGAAAAUGAAAAUGAGUUUUCCUGUAAAUCAAGCCUCUAUGACGCACCAGAACAGAGACGUGCUCGAGCUCAGGAGUUUAAUUUCAUAUUUCUGCCCCAGAAUGAACAAUACCAGCAGCUCGGAGGAAGAGGUGAGUUACUAUUUACUUAAGAAUAAUGAAAAUCAUCAACUCAAUGAUGGUAGCUAAUUAAUGGAUGCUGAUUUUAAUGACACGCUUCAGUACUGCGUGUGAGUGAUCAGAUCUCAGUCGUUUCUCACGUGAGUUUCUGUAUUCUGACACGAGGAACACUAAUCUACAGAAAGUGAAAACUCUGAAGUGUUGUGUGCUGAUGAUGUAGAAUAGACUCGUUCAGAGAUGUUUCUCCUGCAGUUUCAGCAUCAGCUGCACCUGUUUCUGGUUUUUCUGCAGGUCAGGACUCAAACCCAGAGAGCUUUACCUGGUAUUCAGGCCUUUUCAGGGUUAUGAAGGCUCCUUAAUCAAAGUUACCUGUAAGCAGGGCGUUUGCUUUGACCUGGAUAUUCCCCAGACUUUACGGCUGGAGUUGGCCAAA